CUCUUUUUCUUUCUUUUCUUUCUUUCUUUCUUUUUUUUUUUUGUUUUUUUUUCGAUUAAUUUUAUCUCCAUUUCUUAGUGGGUUGGGAUGAACAUGUUUAUUAUCAAUAACCAAUUGUGAACGGAUCUAAUUUGGUGUGUCUGCUUUUUUCGUUGUUUGUUUUGGGAUUAGUUGAGAGGAAAACUAAUGUCUGGCUUUUGAUUACUGUUACUUUGGAUUACAGGGUUUGCAAUUGUUUGUUGAUAUAUAGGGACCUAAAUUUUUGUUUUUUUUUUUUUUUUUCAAAUACAGUGGAUUCUUGUUUCUUCAUUUGGAAAAAAGAAAAAGGGAAAUUGUUAAAUUCUUGAUGUUUAGCUUUGGUUUUGCAUUGAAGUAUUGUUCUUUUGAAUUGCCUGUAUUCUGGUUUCUGGGUUUGUCCUCUUCUUUGGCAAUUUGAUUCCACUGUAUGGCAUCUUGACUUUCUCAACCAUUAAAAGAAGAAGGAAAAGGAGUCCUUUCAAAGAUUGUUUUUUUGUCCUGCGUCAGUUCAUCUGGAUUGGAUUCAGAAAUCUCAAAGAUGUUGUUGUUCAUUGAAUUCACGCAAUCCAGUUUGCUUUUUAAAGGAUUUCUCUCUGAAUAGGAGAAAUGUUGGAGGGUCGGUUCUGCUUGCUUUCGAGGGUGUUUUCGUGCUCUUGCCAGCAGCAGCCGGAAAGCAAGUGGCCUUACAUGAUGACUUUUCAUCAGCUCAAAGUCGAUAUUGCCAAGGGAAAGCGGCCACUAGAGUUUGAUGGGGAUGAUGAUGAUGAUGAAGAGAAUCGACAGCGCAAGUUGUGUAAGCUACUGGAUUGCUGUGAGGUUAUGGAGACGGCUCAACCUUCUUCGUGUGGUGAGCCGGAGCCAUCCGAAGAUGAGAGUAAUCAGGAUGGGGCUGCUUCCUCAGAUUCAGACUCCCUCAUACAUCGCAUUGGGAGGGACAACUCCAUCAGCUGCCUAAUUCACUGCUCCAGGUCCGAUUAUGGUGCCAUUGCCUCAUUGAACAAGAGCUUUUGGUCGUUGGUUAGGACUGGGGAGCUCUAUAAGCUGAGGAGGCAGAAUGAUGUCAUUGAGCACUGGAUUUAUUUUUCGUGCCACCUUCUUGAAUGGGAAGCGUUUGAUCCCAAUCGGCGAAAGUGGAUGCACUUGCCGAGAAUGACUUCUAACGAAUGCUUCAUGUGUUCGGAUAAGGAGUCUUUGGCUGUAGGCACUGAGCUUCUUGUAUUUGGUAAGGAGGUCACUGCCCAUGUAAUCUUUAGGUACAGUAUUUUAACAAACUCAUGGUCUUCUGGAAUGAGGAUGAAUGCCCCGAGAUGCUUGUUUGGGUCUGCAAGCCUCAAGGAGAUUGCAAUUUUAGCAGGUGGUUGUGAUUCAGAGGGAAGGAUACUCAGCUCUGCUGAGCUAUACAAUUCCGAGACUCAGACUUGGGAGCUCCUCCCGGACAUGAAUAAGCCUCGAAAGAUGUGUUCCGGAGUCUUUAUGGAUGAAAAGUUUUAUGUUAUUGGUGGGAUUGGGGGAAGUGAUUCAAAGGUUCUUACAUGUGGAGAAGAAUAUGAUUUAAAGACGAAAAAAUGGACAGAAAUACCCAACAUGUCUCCUGGACGAAGUGGUGCAGCCAGGGAGAAUGAAAUGCCUGCAACCGCGGAAGCGCCGCCUCUGGUUGCAGUGGUAAAUAAUGACUUGUAUGCAGCUGACUAUGCUGACAUGGAGGUGAGGAAGUAUGACAAAGAAAGAAGAUUGUGGAUCACGGUGGGAAGAUUGCCUGAGCGGGCGGUCUCAAUGAAUGGUUGGGGGCUCGCAUUCAGGGCUUGUGGGGAUCGUCUUAUUGUCAUUGGUGGACCUAGGAAUCUCGGUGAAGGUUUCAUCGAGAUCAAUGCAUGGGUUCCAAGUGAAGGUCCUCCACAGUGGAACUUGCUUGCGAGAAAGCAAUCUGGUAACUUUGUCUAUAACUGUGCUGUAAUGGGAUGCUGAAGCUUCAUAUGUAUAAGAUUGGUUUGUCCACCAACACAGGAGUCUUGCUAAUUGGUAACACUCCCCCUUUCUUUAUAGAUUGUUUUUCCAUUUGGGUGGGGGAGAAUGGGGAAAAGUUUAGACUUACUCAAGAUUCAAUUGAAUAUUUUCUUGGAAUGAGAUCGAUCUUGAGGAAUUUUUUUUUUCUUUUCUUUUCAAACUUCUAUUUGUUUUCCUCCAUGGAAUGUCUUUCCCCCAUUUUUAGUGACAUAAGAAAUUUCAAAGGUUGGCAUCAUGUAGGAAAAGAAUGGGUUCAAUAAUUUGAAGUACCAACACAUCGUGGUAGGUUGUCAGUAGCGCUUGCUGAAGCUUUCUUACUUAAAUACACAGAACUAGUUGUAAUGGUUUCCCUUCUUUAAUUUCAUUUGUGUUGUCGUCGAAAGAGAAUGAGAGAUUGUUAACUUGGAUGCUGGCUUUAUGUACGGAUCACAUACGUGAUGAAAUUGAUGGGAUAUUUUUCAAGUUUUCAAAGUUUUAAAUUCAUGUG